AAAUCCUCAUCCCGAUCCUGAUUUGUAGCGUCUCGCGCCGUUUGCAGCGGAGCUCCAGAGCUGCUGCAGAUCUGCAGAUCUGGCUGGAUGUGUGCGUCACGCUGGAUACGGAAAACAGAAAGCAAGACUCCUGCCGGUAAAAAACUGGACGUGUGUCUGUACGCGCGCGCGCGCGCACGUGUGUGUUUAGUCAUGAAUUGGGCUACACCUGAGCCCGGCAUGUAGUUAACCGGUUUCCUGGGCGUGGGAAGGACGAAGGAAGCAGCUCGUCUACUUGUUCGUCUCGUGGGAAUACUGUUUGAACUAAAAACUUCAGCAGUGACCUCAGCAGCUGCGCAGACGUUUUUCAUUUUUUGCUCCAUGUUUGUCUCGUUUUUAGACUAGUUUCCUCACACCAGGAUGUAAAUUUGGGAACUUUUUCUUUUCGAAGGACCGUUGACGCAGAGGACGAAUUUUAUGUUUUCUAACUUUUGAUACCUUUUUUUGGGGGAAUACACAGACGGAAAACACGGCUGUACAGUAAGCGACAAAUCAGCCGCACAUCCAAAGGAGCGGAGACGGAGGUGGUUCAACGGGCCUGAACGGAGAACAGGAGAGUUUGGUGGUUGAUGUCAUCAGUGAUCCACAGGCCUGAACGCUGAACAGACGUGAUGGAGCGGUGGUGGGCGUGGCAGCGUGCCCUGGUCGUCCUGGCAACCCUUUGCGCGUGGACCACGGGAGUGGCUGAGGUGGUGUUCCCGUCCGACUCCGUGAUCAACAACGUGGUGAGCGACCCGCGCUCGGGCCGGCUGUACGUCGGCGCCGUCAACGCGCUCUACCAGCUGAGCGCCGACCUGAAGCUGGAGUCCCGCACCGAGACGGGCCCCGUGCGGGACAACCGCCUGUGCACGCCGCCUGUCACAGACGCCUGCGAGGAAGCCGGGGACACGGACAACCACAACAAGCUGCUGCUGGUGCAGGAGGCCAAGGACGUGCUGGUGGUGUGCGGCAGCGUGUUCCGCGGCAUCUGCUCGCUGCGGAACCUGAGCAGCGUGGAGCAGCUGCUCUACUUCAGCGACACCAAGGGGGAGAAGUCGUACGUGGCGAGCGUCGAGGAGAGCGUCUCCGUGGUGGGGGUGAUGUCAUACUUCACCAAGGACAGAGACAACUUCACUGUCUUCCUGGUCGGUAAGGGGUACGGCAGCCAUGACAGCACCAAGCUGAUCUCCACCCGCAUCCUCAAGGACUACGGCGAUUGGGUGGUUUUUGACAGCAUCAUCGAGGCCUCGGCGGUGCAGGCCAACCCCUUCGUCCUGCGCUACCUCCACGACUUCCGCUUCGCCUUCAAGGACGGCGGCUUUGUGUACUUCCUGUUCUCACGCACGCUGGGCGUCCAGGACAACAAGAACUUCACCUUCAUCUCCAGGAUGUGCGAGGACGACCAGGGUUACUACUCCUACACCGAGCUGCAGCUCAACUGCAGCGUCAACAACAAGUACAACAAAGUGCAGGCUGCCUAUGUAGCAACACCAGGUGAAGUUUUGGCUCAGAAUAUAACCCAAUCAGGCGAGCACGGACCAGUUUCAGCCUCUGACAAGGUGCUGUUUGUCGCCUUCACUUCUGAUGAAGACCCAUCUACUUCAGCCUUGUGCAUGUACCCUCUUCACUCCAUUAAUAGGAGGCUGGUGGAGAUAAUAGGAGCUUGUUACAGCAACAGUGGCAUCAUUAACGGGAAGGCCGCCGUCUACUCGCCUUACUCCUCCAAGUCUGAAGAGCUGUGCAGCAGCAACAAUCAGAAGGACAUGGCCCUCAGAUACAAGUGUGGAGCUGAGUUCCUGCCCUCCCCAUUGGCCAGCAAGGCCGAGUUGGCCUUAACGUCUGAGCCCUUAUUCCAUCGUAAGUGUCACAUAACGGCCGUGGCUGUGGCUGUGGAAAUGGAGCACGCUGUGGCGUUCCUGGGCACCGCCACCGGAGAGGUGCUGAAGGUGCAUCUGUCGGCCCACCCGGACGUGUACGGGCGGGAGCCGGCUGAAGUCACGGGAGACAAGGUCAACAAGAACCUGCUGUUCGAUCCCAGGCUCCAACACCUGUACAUCACCACCGAGACAAAGAUCACCAAGGUUCCAGUCCAGGCCUGCCACCUGAAGACAGACUGCCACUCCUGCGUCUCCAUGAAGGAUCCGUACUGUGGCUGGUGUGUCCUGGAGGGAAAGUGCACCAGGAAGAAGGAGUGCAGCAGGUGGACGGAGGAGAACACCUGGCUGUGGUCGCCCGGUCAGAAGUGUGUCCAGAUCCAGGCCUUCGACCCCCCCAACAUCAGCUGCAAGAAGACCCGGCAGGUUGACAUAACAAUUCCCUCCCUGCCCAUCCUGAGGAGUUCUGAUCAGCUGCAGUGUGUGUUCGGCACUUUCACCAGCAAAGCCGUGCCGGUCCUCGUCGACGGCCAGAUGCAGGUCAGCUGUUCGCUGCCCGAGCCCGUGGGAAUCCCACCCACUCCCCAGCAGCAGGACUACGUGUCGGUCCCAGUCAAAGUUCUGGUGAACAACAACAUCGAGGUGACGUCUGGAGAAUACGAGUUCUACAACUGUGCUGCCACAGUCAGGAAGAACCCAAACACACCGUGUAUAGCGUGUGUGAACAGUACAUGGGGCUGUCAGUGGAACGCUGAGGAUCACAUCUGCAGUGACGACAAUGAUAAUGUAGCUGGGGAACACAUCGUUAAACCAAAACAGAGUGACAGCUGUCCUCAGUUUGAGUCUCCGGAGCCACAGUUGAUCCCCGUGGGCUUUCCGAUCCCCAUCAGCUUUCAGGGGAGGAACCUGGGCCACAUGGGACAGAGCUUUUCCAUCGGGACCGAGCUGAUGAAGGACACGGAGGCGCCGGUCACCAAGGAGGAGGGGUCAAAGUUCAAAUUCCCCGGUUACGAGUUUGCCUAUGACAAGCAGCAGGAGGUGAGCGUAUCGUUCCAUAUUAAAGACAAAGUCACUGAGAGGAAGAUUGACAGCACCCUGACAGUCGUGCUGUAUAACUGCUCCGUGGGACGGGAGGACUGCAGUCUGUGUAAACACGCAGAAGCCAAGUACCAGUGUGCCUGGUGUGCAGCCACACGCACAUGUGUUUACCGGGAUCUCUGCCCGUCAUCACAGCCACAGCCACAGUGCCCCAACCCGGAGAUCACAGACAUCAUCCCUCGCUUCGGCCCUCUGAACGGUCGGAUAUCCGUGACCAUCAAAGGCUCCAACAUGGGAAUAAAGAGGGAAGACAUCAAGAGGAUCACAGUGGCCGGGGUGAACUGUGUUCACCAGGGGGACAGAUACUCCGUCUCUACCAGUGUGGUGUGUGAGAUCGGCCCAGCCAAGAGAAUUCCACCGUCCGACAUCCCUCCCGAAAUCUCCAACAGAGGAGCAGUGGAGAUAGAAGUAGAGGGAGGAAGAACAGGGAGGUCUAAGGUCGAAUUCACCUAUCGGGACCCCAAACCCGUCUCUGUCCACCCAGCGAAGGGUCCAGCAGCCGGGGGAACCGUGAUCACCAUCGAGGGAGAGGACCUGAACACGGCAACUAAAGAGGACGUGUCCGUCAGUGUCGGGGGGGUUCCCUGUGAAGUCCUGAAGUUUGACUCCGAGAUCACCUGUAAGACCGGGAAGUACCGCACGCCCUCGGACCCGUUAACGGUGACGGUGAAAUACGGUAAAAACACCACCAAAGACAUCCCAGCAGCGUUCCAGUACUCUGAAAACCCCAAGAUCACAGAUUAUACCCCCAAGGGCAGCUUCUUUUGCGGUGGUCGAAGGAUUGUGGUGAUGGGAAGCGGUUUUGAUCUGAUCCAGAGAACCACGAUGAAAGUCCUCCCCUCGCCCAACGAGUUUUCACAGAACACCACACCUGUGGAGUUCGUGGAGGAGGCUCUGAGUAAGAACGACAGCGUCCUGGAGUUCCACUCGCCGGCGGUGAACUGCUGCGUGGACGGCCAGUCCCUCCGGACCAUCGUCCAGCUGGACGAUGUGAAGGAGGAGCUGAAGAACUUCGACUACCACCCCAACCCUUCCUUCAAACCGCUGGCCAAGAACGUCAUCACCGAGACCAGCAUCAUCAUCGUCACUGGUCAAGGUUUCUCCAAGGCGAUGACAGCCAAAGAGGCCCAGGCGUUUGUUGGAGACGCCUCCUGUCACGUUAACAUCCUGCAGGAUGAGAAGUUGAUCCUGGAGGCUCCUUCCACGCAGCCUAGAUCCAGAUCCAAACGCCAACGCAGAGACACGACCAACGACCUGCUGGAGCUCGUGGUAAAGUUUGGUCAUGGCGAGUGGAUGGUGGGUUCAGUCUACUACGCCAGAAAAGACGACAUCCCUCUGGCUAUAAUCAUCCCCGCCGUCAUCUUACCCAUGCUGCUCUUCAUCGCCGUGUCCGUGUACUGCUACAGGAGGAAGAGUCAGCAGGCCGAACGAGAAUACGAGAAGGUGAAACACCAGCUGGAUAAUCUGGAGGAGAGUGUCCGAGAUCGCUGCAAGAAAGAGUUCACAGAUCUGAUGAUUGAAAUGGAGGACCACACCAGUGACCUGAGCGAAGCCCGCAUCCCCUUCCUGGACUACAAAGUCUACACCGACCGAAACUUCUUCCUGCCGUCCAAGGACGGCGCCAACGACACCAUGAUCACGGGGAAAAUCCAAAUCCCAGAAGCCCGCAAGGCCAUCGUGGCUCAGGCGCUCAACCAGUUCUCCAACCUGCUGAACAGUAAAACCUUUCUCAUCAAUUUCAUCCACACGUUGGAGAGUCGCCCGGACUUCAACGCACGCUCUCGGGGUUAUUUUGCCUCCCUGCUGACGGUGGCGCUGCACGGCAAACUGGAGUAUUACACGGACAUCAUGAGGACGCUGCUGCUGGAGCUGAUGGACGAACACGUGCAGAACAAAAACCCCAAACUCAUGCUCCGGAGGUCAGAGACGGUGGUGGAGAGGAUGCUCUGUAAUUGGAUGUCCAUCUGUAUCUAUCAGUUCCUCAGGGACACGGCAGGGGAGCCUUUAUACAAACUGUUCAAGGCCCUGAAGCACCAGGUGGAGAAAGGGCCGGUGGACGCCAAGAUGAAGAAAGCCAAAUACACCCUGAACGACACGGGACUGCUGGGGGACGACGUGGAGUACUCCGUACUGACUCUGCAGGUGCUGGUGCACGGAGAGGGACCAGACGUGACUCCAGUGAAGGUGUUGAACUGUGACACCAUCUCCCAGGUGAAAGAGAAGAUCAUCGAUCAGGUGUACAGGAAUCUGCCGUACUCGCAGAGACCAGAGGUGGAGAGUGUUGCCCUGGAGUGGCGUCCUGGCUCCACGGGUCAGAUCUUGUCCGACCUGGACCUCACGUCCCAGAGAGAGGGACGCUGGAAGAGACUCAACACCCUGGCUCACUACAACGUUCGAGAUAACGCAACGUUGGUUCUGUCCAGAGUUUUGCACACACAGUCUUUCCACCAGCAUCAAGACAGCUACGAAGAGAAAAACGCCCUGCUGGAGGACGACAACACCUUCCACCUGGUGAGACCGGCAGAUGAAAUCGAUGAAGGGAAGUCAAAGAGAGGCAGCAUGAAGGACAAGUCCAUGACCAAGGCCAUCACUGAGAUCUACCUGACUCGGCUGCUGUCUGUCAAGGGCACUUUGCAGCAGUUUGUGGACGAUUUCUUCCGCAGCGUUUUGUGCGCGAGCACCGCCGUCCCUCCUGCCGUCAAAUACUUCUUUGACUUCCUGGACGAACAGGCGCUGAGACACGACAACGUGGACGAGGAGACGCUGCACAUCUGGAAGACGAACAGCUUGCCUAUGCGGUUUUGGGUAAACAUCCUGAGGAACCCCGACUUCAUCUUCGACGUGCACGUGACGGAGGUGGUGGACGCGUCGCUGCACGUCAUCGCCCAGACCUUCAUGGACGCCUGCACCAAGACGGAGCACAAACUCAGCCGAGAGUCUCCCAGCAACAAGCUGCUCUAUGCAAAAGAGAUUUCCACGUACAAGAAGAUGGUGGACGAUUACUACAAGGGCAUCAGACAGAUGGUUCCGGUCAGUGACCAGGACAUGAACACACACCUUGCUGAGGUUUCCAGGCAGCACACAGACAAGCUGAACACCCAGUUGGCCUUACAUCAGCUGUACCAGUACGCCAGCAAGUACUAUGAUGUGAUCAUCCAAUCUCUGGACGAGGACCCAGCGGCCCAGAAUAAACAGCUGACCCUCCGCCUGCAACAGAUCGCCGCCGCCCUGGAGAACAAGGUCACUGACCUCUGACCUCCCGGAAGGGUCAGGGGCCGGAGCUAACAGCUAUUAAAACACAGGAUGUUUUCCAUUUAAGGACUCAAAAGAGGAUGAGCUCGCGGACUCUACCGAUUGUUUGACCGUGUAAGGACCAAAGUGGGAGGGGCUACUGGAGCAACAGGAAGCUGUUGACCAUAUAAGGACUGAAGGUGUGUG